AGACGAAGUUUCUAUUCCCAUUACUGAUUUUAUUCCUAUACUGAUAUAAACACUUAAGUGGUGUGUGUUUUAUUUCCGUAAACUAGCCGAUUGCCAUCAUACGUUGUUUGUGUAUGUAAACUAAACUUGGAUUUUUUAAUCCAUUCUAAAUACAAGGAAAUGUGUUUGUAAUACUCAUACAGAGAAAUAAUGGCGACUCACUCGGCUAUUUUGUCGUUUAUUUUGCCGAAAAUAAUAAUAAUAUUCUAUCGUUUCCCGUAUAGAACUAGUCUAGUUUAUAUUAUUUCUAUUACUAAUAAUAGAUAAUAUAACAAUAUAAUAAUAAGAAUAAUAAUAAGUAGAAGAAAAAAUAUAUACUUAAAUAUUGUGUACAUCGAAUACAUCAUAAAUUAUAUAUGAUGAUGAUGAUUUAUAAAAAAAGAAAAAACACAUAAAAGCACAAGAUACAAUAUCAAUCUAUAUUUGCUAGUAUCUCAUAAAAACCUAUCUCCCCUUUUGGGUGCAUUCCAUGGCUCACUUCGUAUAAUGGUUUUUUACGCAGCUCUCAACAAAUCGUAUUCUCGAUAAUUUGGAGAUAUACAUAACCAGCGAUAAGUAUAUCUAAUACUAAUGAAGUAUGAUACAAAUGUGAAGCACUUUUAUUUUCGUCUGUAUCGUUUCUUCUUGUCCUGCUUUAUAAUCAUAUUACCAGUUCAUAAUACUUGCGUUUAUUUUUAUUCCAUUUUUAUUUAUAUUGAUUUUAUUUUGGUUCUUGCUGAUUUUAUGAAACUAUUAAUUUAUAUAAAAUUCUGUUAUAAAAUCGAUAUGAAAAAAAUGAGUACUCAGUAGUCAUCAAUUGGAUUGGCAACUAAGUGAUUGCGGAUUUUGUUGAUGGACUUUACACUUUCCGCAAUCACUUAGUUGCCAACCCAAUAUAUUGACAUCACUGUUUUUGAAAUAGAUAAAUGUAACAAAAGUUUUCCAAACGAUUCUAAAGAAGCCGCAGUCGGACUUACUUUAUUUCGGAAACUUGUAAAAACUCAAAGACCAGCAAAAGGAUCUUAGCAAAUACUUAUUUAAGUUUAAAUACGUAUUAGACUUUCUUAAAAUAAAGGAAUGUUUAAAUAAAACAUUCUACAUUUUUCAGCCAUACACAAAAAUAGUUAAAUAAGAUAUCGUUAUAACCAUCGAUUCUAAGUUUCCAAAUGCCACCAUUGACUUUAUUAUUAUAAUGUAGAAUGUACGUAAUACUUAAAUGUUUUUAUUAUUAUAUUUUAUAUUAAAUUAUUAUAUUAUAUAUAAUUAUGAUAGCAGUAAUAGUAGUAGUAAUAAUAACAAUACAAAUUGGACUAAUUCUAAGGAGAAAUCACAAAAAUAAUAGCGCUGGGAGUUCAAUCUCAUAGAUAUAAAACGAUCUCGUUUUGAUUUUUAUUAAAAUAAUAUAUAAUAUAUAAAUAUAUUUAUUAAUUAUUAUUUUUGCCAAAAUAAUUAACAAAAUUUUGUUUUUUGUCGCAAAUUUAUAUAUUAGUUAUUAUAUGUAUUAAUUAAUUUAUUUUAUAUGCAUUUUUGUCGCAAAAUAAAUGUGAUCAGCGCUGCACUUACUACGGUCUAUGUAGUACAGAUUAUUGCAAGAUGCAUACUAUUGUUAAAAAAGGAUGUAAAUAUGAGACUGAAAAAUGCGAGUUUAACUUACUGAACUAAUACUCUAACCUAUAAUUUAAUGAACUAAACUCUAACGAAAGGAGUAUACAGAUAAGCUUAUAUACCGAUGUGAUAGAUGUGAUGGAACACUGUUCCCCUGUUGCAUUUGUAGUUCAUAUUUUGUCAUACUAUUAUCCAUAUCGUUGGUGAAACGCUUUAAGCGAAAAGUAGUAGCAGUUUUAAUGCAAGCGACAUUAGACCUUGAAAAUAGUUAAUAGUAUUUGGAAGAAAUAUAUUAAAACAUAUUUUAUUAAUCGAUACAAUUUUCAACAAUUAAAUAUAUACAAAUUAAAUCUGUAUUACAAAUUGACUUAUGCUAAUUUAAAAAUUUUUAAGAUUACAAUGCGAUUUAUCUUAAAAAAAUCUUUAUUCUGGUAUAGAAUUAAAUAAAGACAUCCUAAAGAAUAAAUAUAUUCUAAAAAAUUUGGAUUACUUGAAAUACUCGAUAUUCAUUCGUCGCUGAUAUUAAAGUUUACUAGGAUUUGUUGAGAAGACGAUCCAAAAAUUCUCUACCAAUAGACGAAUUCUUUACCAAUUAAUGAUAGAAAUAAGCCUACUUCGUAAGAAUAGAUCAGCAUAUGAUAGAAUAUGAUCAACAUACACUUAUGUUCAAAUGUAUUUAUUAUAUAUAUAAAAUACAUACACAUAGUAUCUCUUUAUAGAAUCAUGUGUCGAGGUAUGUACUAUUAAAAAAUUUAGCUAUACUUGAAAUAUAUUAUAAUUUAUAAAAACUUAUUUUGCUAAAAAUGGAUAUCAUAAUCAUAAGGUGAAAGUAAAAUAUUGUUUAUUGUACGAAAUUGAAUAGCAAGUAAUAAAAAUAACAAUUAUAGUUGAGAAAAUUUGAUAAUAAUUCAUAGACAGGCUAUCAACAGCUGAUGAUGAGUCUCGCUAUAUGAUUACCAUAUAUUGCUAUGGUAACACGGAACAUACGGAACGUGGAACAGCGAUUCGGUUGUUUCUUCAUCUCAUAGAUUCAGCUGCGAGCAUCAGCUGUUCAAUAUGGAAUAGCGGGUACAGUCACUUGUAGGAAUCGUUCGAAGUCGAACUACUUGGUCGUGGUCCCUAUAAUAUAAACGCGCGUGCAUAUGUGUUUGUGCAAGAGAAAGAAGCAGUGAGUUGAGAGUGAGAGUGAAAGAAGGGGAGAAAGAGGAGAGGAGUGGGAAGGAGAGAAAGCGAGAAGAGAGAGCGAAAGCGUGAGGGAGGCAGAAAAGCGAAUCAAGGAGAGUAAGCAGACGAAGAGGAGCAUUCGUACGAGCACCAUACGUGCGAUUUAUGCAAAAUCUCGCGCGCAACGUGGAUGUAUUGACGCAAGGAUUAAAAUACGGCAUAUCUGGCCUCAUGAACCUCACAAAUCAGACUGCCGAUCCUCCAAGUGGUGUUUUCUUUGUUAAUUUUAAUCAGGACUGCACAUCUUUAGCAGUAGGAUCGAAGGCAGGAUAUAAACUUUUCUCUCUCAGCUCCUUUGAUCAACUUGAGAAAAUAUAUGAAAAUGAUACAGAGGAUAUAUGUAUUGUUGAAAGAUUAUUCAGCAGCAGCCUUGUUGCAGUUGUUAGUUUAUCAUCCCCCCGUAAACUUAAAGUAUGUCACUUUAGAAAGGGAACAGAAAUUUGCAAUUAUAGUUAUUCUAAUACUAUUUUGGCUGUAAAACUUAAUAGAGCGAGAUUGGUAGUAUGUUUGGAAGAAUCGUUAUACAUUCAUAAUAUAAGAGACAUGAAAGUAUUACAUACAAUACGUGAUACACCACCAAAUCUUGCAGGACUUUGUACACUUUCAAUAAACAGUGACAAUUGUUAUCUAGCCUACCCAGGCUCAAAUACAAUUGGAGAAGUUCAGAUAUUUGAUGCUAUUAAUCUUCAAGCGAAAACAAUGAUACCCGCACAUGAUAGUCCCCUUGCUGCUCUUGCAUUCAGUCCAAAUGGCACCAAAGUUGCUACUGCCUCUGAGAAAGGGACUGUAAUCAGAGUCUUUCAUGUAAAUGACGGAACAAAAUUAUUUGAAUUUCGUCGUGGAGUUAAAAGAUGUGUGUCUAUUAGCAGUCUGGCCUUUAGUAUGGAUUCUAUGUUCCUUUGUUGCUCUAGUAAUACCGAAACUGUACACAUUUUCAAAUUAGAAGAACCAAAGGAAGCGCCGCGACAAGCUCAAGCGGAGGAAUCACAAAGCUGGAUGGGCUAUUUGACAAAGGCAGUAUCUGCAUCAGCAAAUUAUUUGCCUUCUCAAGUAACAGAUGUUUUUAAUCAAGGACGUGCAUUUGCUAGCGUUCAUUUACCAUUUUAUGGUUUAAAAAAUAUUUGUGCCAUUACUGUGACACAUAAGGUACCAAAGCUGUUGGUGGCUAGUGCAGAUGGUUAUUUGUAUGUAUACAAUUUGGAUGUAACAGAGGGAGGAAAUUGUACACUUUUAAAACAACAUAGGUUAGAUGGUAAACAAGAUGAAGUAGAUUGUGCUACUGUUUCUUCAACUGGUUCUGGUUCUGGAGAAGCACAAGCAACAGCUACAGCAUCUGUACAAACAGUACAAAAUUCAGCCUGCAUAAAUAGCUACGCGGGUGCGUUACGUGGUCGUUCGCCAGACUCCAUGUCAGGUACUGAAUCAGAGAAAUAUUAUGAGAUGAUAGCAGCAGCCGAAAGUCCACCAAAAAGUAGAGGACCAUUCCGACUGGAUGAUGAUACAGAAUUUCCUCCUGUUACACAAAGGACAGAUUGAAGGUGGUUGGAAAAUGUGAAGAGCAUAUUAAAGUGCAGAUUGUUCAGAAUUUAAGAACGUGUUUCACACUUCGGCUUCAGUAAGAUCAACAAUUAAGUGACAUCACCAAGAAUGUUGCACAUUUAAUAUAUAAGGAAAUUGACAAAAGUAAAUCUUUUUACAUAAUCACCUAUUUGUUUUUAAUGUACCAACAUAAUUCUUUCGGUAAUAUUACCGUAUCAUCAAAUUAAAAAUUUAUGCAAUAUCUUUUCACUAUAUAUUAGAAAGCAUGUAAGUAGUUAUAGAAGAUAUAGUAAUUCAAUUGAGGUUGUUUAUUAUACUAUUUUGAAGAAAAUAUGUAAGUGCUAUCAUCAGUAUUUGGUAAGAAUGUUUUCGUAAAUUUACAUGAAAUAAUAUUUAGAUAAUAAACUAUUUUUACCAAAUAUAAACGUUCGUGUUAAAAUAAGGUAUAAAAAUAAGUGCAAUUUAUUUGCAAAUAUCAAUCAGAAAUUAAAAUAUAUUAAAUUAUCAUUAAUAAUUAUUCAAUAAGGAUCAAUUUAUAAUUCACUUAUCUAAGUUGAUCUGUUUUUGAGUUAAAAUUUAUCUUUUUCAUAGCUCUCUUGGGAAUCAGUAAUAAAGUUAUGGGAAUGCUAUUAUAUUUUACCAGAAACCAAUUGCAUUGGUCCUUAGUUAUAUGCUGUUUAUAUAACAUUCUACUGUGUUUAUAAGUAUAUAUAUUUAUAUUAAAUAUUACUCAUGUAUUUUCUUGGAUUGCUGCAUUUUUAGUUUUAGUAUUAUUGUUCGUGUAUGAUGAUUAACGAAUGGAGCUUUUUUUUAAUAGAAGAAUAAAAAACAAAAAAUAAUUAUACUUGAAAAGUUUCAAAAAUAUGAGAUCCUUAGUAAAUUUUUAGGUAAUAUAAAUUUUUCAAGAAAAAUCACAACUUCCAAUGAAAGUGUGAAAUAAUUAUAAAUGAUUAUUUCAUAAAUGUUUGAUAAAAAAUUUAGGAUUUCUAUAGCAUUUUUUUUAGAAUUUCAGACAAAUUUAUAUUUUUAUGUACAAGAUGGAGUUCUCUCCAUAUUAAAAAAUUGACACAUAGAGUUAUACAGUUUAUGUGUAAGAAAUAUUAACCAAUUUUAAUUUGUCAUUUGUCAACAAAAAACAAAUUUCGAGAGAAUAUACAUGUGAUAAUUAGGUUUUUUGAAAAGCAGAUAUACAGUUUCUUUAAAAUCUUAUAUCUUGUUUUUGCUAUUUGUUGAUGUAACAUCGUUCAUCUCUUAAUUUGGAACAAAGAUGUAUAUUAUAUUGUAAGUUUUAUUUAUAUAAUAAUCUUUGUAUCAUUUAAAUUCUUUCAUAUUUUUUUUUCUUUAAGUAUCUAUCCCUUACUUUGAGCAUUGCAAUAUGGUGGCUAUAGAAUAAGUUCUUGAUUUAUUUAUGUAUAAUUAUGUAGAGAUGUUAGAUGAUCUCUAGUUUUUGAAGUUAUAUUUACAAAAACUGUACUUUAAUAUUAUGAAUAACUUUUCUACUCAUAAUUGGUGCCAAGAUAUAAUUUCUUUUUAAUCGAUACUUAUAUUAGUAAACAUACCUCUAAUAUUAUAUGUUUGUUUAAAUAAUAUUAGAACAAAGCACCAUUUUAUGUAUUUUGUCAUAACACUUUUUUGCGUAUAAAGUAAUUUGGGAACUACGUAACUUCUAAAUUAUAUUAGUAAGUUUUCUUUUGAAUGAAAGGCACUUGGUGCAACAAUUAUUCAUUAAAUUGUAUUUCAAUGAUGUGUCUUGCUAUUUUAUACUAACGAGUCUUGUUUAGUGAAUAGUUAUACUUUUAUAAAAAUAAAUAAAAAUGCUAAUAUCUGAUAUA